UUUCGAAACUCUCGGACAUGCUUGAGGUUUUUUUUGCAAGCCCUAAAUUUGUUUUCCCCUCGUGGCUUUGUGCCUUUGUCGUCCUCUACACGACUUUUCUCCCCAUCUCCCACAGCCAAGUCCCCAACCCACCUCCACCUCCGCGCCGAGGAAUCCACACUUGCAAUUGCAACUACGAGCCCACCAAAUCGAGCCGAGCCCCGACGGCACCAAAUCGUGCGGCCUCGGAGAUCCAGCAGGGUCUAGAAGAACCAGGAGAGACACCGUCAGAAGAGGAGGGUCAGCAGCAGCCAGAAGAGGAGGGCCAACAGCAGGCAGGCGGUGGCGGCGAAAUCGUCAGCGGCUGCCGGGGUAUCUGCGAUGAUAACCCGGUCGAAGCUGGUGGAGCAGCUGCGCGACUACCAGAUCCGAUCCCAGCACAAGCGUGACAUUAUCGGAGCUAUAUCGUGGGGCUUGCUGUGUAGUUUUCUGAUAAUAUCUUCGUACAUGAUGUUGUACUUCAGGCACUUUUGGCUUAGUGCUAUUAUUAUCUCACUGGGUAUUCUUUUCCCUGCCGGCCUGUAUAUUUUGAGGCAAAGAAAGCUGGCUAAGAAACGAGAGAGAAGACUGUUGUUGCCUCUCUCUAUGUAAGGUUGUUUGUAGGUUUCUUGUUUUUUGCGCCUAUUCUUGUCUUGAUAGAAUCCACAUUCUUGUCUUGUGGCUUGUCUAGCACACAUCCAACUUUUUAUACAUCUCUGCCCCCCCCUAAUACAGAUCCUUGUUCUUCAGCGUUUUCCUAAGUUUUACAGGAGAAAUGAUAGUUUUGCAAGUAUUCACCA